AUGUCGGACGCAGAGGUGGCCAACCAGUCCAUCAUCGACCACGGCUCCAAUGCUGCCGAAGAUGAUUCUCAAGAGGAAGCUUCCCCUCAGCUAGACCUCUCCAACUCUGCCGACGAGACCGAAAACGUGGCCAAAGAUGGAGAGAAUGGCAUCGGCAUCGGAGAGGAUAGCGGAUUGACUUCGGUGCCUGAUGAGGACGAUGAGCAUCAAGACCAAAGGGAUCAAGGCGAUGCGCCCAAUGAGCAACCCAACGGUCAGCCAGAGGAAGAAAUGCAGUCCAAGGAGAAUGGCGAGGCGGCGGCGGCGGCGGCGGCGGAGCAAACAACCACCAAGCCGACUGCUCCAGUCAAGAAGACCGUUGCCGGCACUACCACCGCUGCUGCUGCUGCCAAGCCUCGAGCAAGCGUGACUGCAGGCGUCAAGGUGAGUGCGAACAAGUCUCGCGCGCACUUUCGCGUUGCGCGCUUGACGGCUAGCACAUCUCAUCUGACUGGAUUGCAAAUCAUUCUUCAAUCCACUGGCAGACUGUCGCAAAGCCUGGCACCACUACUGCCUCCGCUGCUCGCCCUGCCGCAGCAACUACACGUCCGGGCGCAGCCGCCUCAACGGCUCGUCCAGCGGGCACGACUGGUGCUGCUGCCCGAAGCAGCGCUGCUGGCACCGCAACGGGCGGUUUGAGAUCUUCUGUCGGGCCGGGUGCUGCUCGUCCUGCAGCCACGACUGGCGCUGCCAGGCCUCCCGCCGCCAGCGCACGCUCUUCCCUCGCUUCCAGUACCAACGCCAGGCCCGCAGGUGCAGCUACUGCUACGCGCCCUUCCGCAGCGACGGCACCUGCUAGACCGGCACCUGGCAGCGCUACUGCGACGGCUCGAAAGCCUGUUGGCACCCCAUCCAGCACCACCACCACCACACCAGUAAAGAAACCAGCGGCGGGAACUACUGCCAGCGCUGCACGUCCAGGCGUCGUUCGUCCUGCAGGCGCCACCGCAACGACUACUGCAUCCCGACCUCCUGUAGCUGGCAGUGGGACUGCUGCUCGCAGACUUAGCACGGCCAGUGCCAGCACCACUGCAUCUGCUCGUCCUAGCGUCGCGGGUGCGCGCCCCACAGCCACGGCUGCGCGCAGCAGCAUCACCCCAAGCUCUGCUUCGGCCGGCGUUGCAGCCAAAAAGGCUCUGACUCCGACCGAGGUCAAGGAAAAGAUCAGCAAGCUAGAGUCGGAGCUGAGCGAGACCAACGAGACGAUCGACAGCUUGCGAUCUGAAUUGGAAGCCAAGGAUGCUCAAGUUCGCGAAAAGGAUGCCGAACUCAGCGCCUUGCAAGCCAAGGUGGAGGGUGCAACGACCGCCGAGAAGGACGACUCCGACGCGGAGAACAAGAUCAAAGAGCUGGAGGCACAAGUCGCCCGGCUCGAACUGAGUGCAGAGUCCUCGGCGUCCCACAAAGACCCAACGCCGUUCAAUCAACGUAUCGCCGAGCUCGAAGGUCAGCUUGAGGAGAUGAAAAAUGCCGCGCCAGCCGAGGAUCCUGCUGUCAAAGCUGCACUUGCCGAAGCUCAAAGUGCAGCUACUGCAGCUCGGGAGGCAGCCCACAAAGCUGAGCUCGAGCUCAAGAAACUUCAAGAGGACCAUCAUCUCGCCGAACAGAAGGCUCAAGACUUGCAGACUCAGCUCGACGAAGCGAUCAAGAAUGCAAGCGGUGCAAGGGACGUGCACGAUGGUGAGAUCAGCAAGCUAAAGUCGGACGUGGAGAGGCUUGAGAAGAAGCUGGAAGAGGCAAACGCAUCGCACGGCUCUACUGCUGACAAGCUUCGAGCGGAGCACGAUAGCGUGCUAUCGAGCAUCAAGGACGAGCACGCUGUCGUCCUUGCCAAGUUCAAGAAGGAAAAAGAUGGAGAGAGCGAGCAGACCGCUGCUGGACACGCCAAAGCGAUCGAAGACCUCAGAAGUGAGCAUGCGUCUGCGCAAGAAACGGCGAUCGCAAAAGCUCUUCAGGAGCAGACCGAGACUCAUGCGUCAGCUCAGGAGGGUGCUCUAGGCAAUCUGCGUCAAGAACUGGAGGCUUCCCACGCUGCUGCGCUUGAGACGCUCGGAAAACAGCACGAAGCGAGCACCGCCAGUGCUGUCGAGGCUCACACAAGCGCAUUGUCUGCUCUCGAAGCAGCUCGAGAUGGUGAUCGUCAAGCAGCUGAAAAGGCUGCCGAGGCCAGUGCGGCUGAGCUGGCCAGUGUGAGAAAGGAGCUCGAAUCUCAGCAGAGCAUCUACGAUGGCAAGCUGGCCGAGGCGCAAGCCGAACACACCAAAAAUCUUGCAGAAGCAUUCGAAAAGGCUCGAGCUGAAGCUGGAACGACGCACGGAGUCGAUUUGGGAGAGCUGAAGACUCGCACGGAAGGCACGAUCAAGCAGCUGCGCGAGCAACACGAGGGUGAGAUCAGCAGGCUGAAGGAAGAGCAUGCUCAGGCUGUAAGGGAGGCCGAGAGAAGCACGGGCAGCGAGUCCAACAGGCUCAAGCUGGAUCUCAAAGCUGCACAAGAGGACCUCAAGAAGGUGAGAGUUGACCUUGCUCGCCUUGGCGAAGAGAAAAGCUCGUCGGACGCAAAGGUCAAGUCCUUGGAGGAAGCGCUGCAAGCUGCAAAGUCUGCGGAUGCAGAGUCUGCCAGCGCAGCAGCUGCGGCUGCAGAAUUGAAGCAAGCUCACGACCGGGUCCAAGAGUUGGAGGAAGAGGUAAAGAACAGCCAAAAGGCUUUGCAAGAGACUCAGGACGCCUAUGCGAGUCAGAUGGACGAGCUUUCCAAAGCCCAACAACUUAGCUCUCAAGAUGGCGCAGAGAGAAAUGCGAGGGAAGUGGAGAAAAUUCACAAGCAGCACCAAGAAGAGCUGAAGAAGCAUCUCGAGAAGCACACAAAAGAUGCCGAGAACCUGAUGGUGAGUGCGAGUGAUGGCCGCAUGGCCUUGAUUCGCGCAAUUGACCGCGCUCGCACUACGACAGAAUUUGCAAGACAAGCUGAAUCAAGCGGAAAGGGAGGCUCAAGACGCAAACAGUCGUGCCAAGGUCGCAGAGGCCGCUGCCAACGUUCCAAGUGUUGCCGCUCCCGCUGCAAGCGCAGAGGGUACCGUGAGUGCUGUAUGACCAGUGCUCCGAGACAUCAAUGACACAGAGCCCUUUGCUGAGUUGAGCUCUCUCAUGCGCUCUGCAGUCCGAUCUUGAGCAGGUGCGUUUCGAUGCACAGACUCAGCACUUGUCUUUCCGCUCGCUGACUUUUCUUUCCCCCUUUGGUCUGAAUCUGCACAAAUUCCAGCUUCACGCGGCGCACAAUGAAAAGCUAUCCAUCAUCGAGACGCAGCAUCGUCAGACGCUCAAGGCGCUGGAGCAGCAGCUUUUCGAAGCUAGGGAGGUAGCCAACAAGAGCUCUAAAGAGCUUCAUUCGGCAAAGAUGGAGCUUGGCUUUGCACAGCAGGAAGCGGAAGAGGUGUCGGCGCUCAAAGAAGAGAUUGAGAGGCUCGAAAAGGAAGCGAAGUUUGCCAAGGAUCGUCUGGCCGCUUGA